CGGCGGAAGCGGCUAGCUAGCCCAGCGCAGCCAUGCCCGGGGACCACCGCCGCAUCCGCGGGCCCGAAGAGUCGCAACCGCCGCAGCUGUACGCGGCGGAUGAGGACGAGGAGCCCGACGCCCGUGACCCAACUCGGCUGCGGCCCGUGUACGCGCGCUCUGGGCUGCUGAGCCAGGCCAAGGGCUCGGCCUACCUGGAGGCGGGAGGCACUAAGGUGCUGUGUGCCGUGUCCGGCCCGCGCCAAGUCGAGGGAGGCGAGCGCGGCGGUGGCCCGGCCGGGGCAGGAGGCGAGGCCCCAGCCGCACUGAGGGGACGCCUGAUCUGCGACUUCCGCCGCGCACCCUUUGCGGGCCGCCGGCGCCGCCCUCCCCAAGGCGGUGGCGAGGAACGCGAGCUGGCGUUGGCCCUGCAGGAGGCUCUGGAGCCGGCCGUACGCCUGUGCCGCUACCCACGUGCGCAGCUCGAGGUGUCAGCUCUGCUGCUGGAAGACGGUGGCUCGGCUCUGGCAGCCGCGCUCACGGCCUCCGCGCUCGCCCUGGCUGAUGCAGGCAUUGAGAUGUAUGACCUGGUAGUGGGCUGCGGCCUGAGCCGCGCGCCGGGGCCCGCGCCCACCUGGCUGCUAGAUCCCACGCGGCUCGAGGAGGAGCGCGCCGCUGCUGGCCUCACUGUGGCGCUCAUGCCGGUGCUCAACCAGGUGGCCGGGCUGCUGGGCAGUGGGGAGGGGGGCCCGACUGAGAGCUGGGUAGAGGCCGUGCGCCUGGGUCUCGAGGGCUGCCAGCGCCUCUAUCCUGUACUGCAGCAGUGCCUGGUGCGGGCUGCCCGCCGGAGGGGCGCCGCUGCCCCGUCCUGAACAAGAAGCCAAAGGAGUGACAGAUGCUUCUCCUCCCCCAAAGGACCUGCACAGUCGCCUUCCAGACUGCACUGCCUUGAGAACUCAGAGCAAGAGGGAGGAUUUGGGGACGCGGGCACAGAACUGAUGAUCUGGGCCGCUGCGUUGGAACGAUUUUUUGGAAACUGUUCUCUUAAAGAUGCUUUUCUGCUUGAGCUGGCCCCCAGCUAAUUAAGAAACCUACGAAUGCAGUCCGACUCCCAAGUUGAAAAGGACUUCAGCUGGGCCUACCUGGAAAACGGGACCUGAAGGUACUGCUGUUUUGUGAGGGAUGAACCUUAUGCAGGCUGGUCAUAACUUCCUUCUAUGUAACUGGGCUGCUUUUGAGAGAACGGACAAGGGGGCUGUGCCUCUCACUUACAUCUGAGUUAAAACAAAACACAAACCCUUUUGUA